CUCCAUCACUCUACCACUCAACCCAAAAUUAGCAACAACAAGUCAACAACACAUAAAGAGUGUCCAGAAAAAUACACAAGUUAUUCGACGACGCCGUUUCGAGCCUACGAUGUCGAGCUUAGAUGUGACGCCGUUUCUCUCACCGGCGACAACUGAAUUACCGGGGACGAUGAGAACACAGGGGCUGAGACACGCGGCGCGUAUGAUAAGGCGAGCCAGCGGAGGGAGGAGGUCGUUGAGAGCGCCGUCGAUGACGGUGCGAGAGACGGCGGCGCAGGAGAUUGAAGAGAGACAAAUUGACUGGGCUUAUUCUUCCCCCGUCGUCGCCCUUGACGCUGCCUGGAACUCCGCCUUUGUUUUAGCUGCCUCCGCAGCGCUUUUUCUCACUUGGUCGGACUCUACUGGGCUCCCUCUUAGGGUUUGGGUGGUUGGUUAUGCACUUCAGUGUUUCCUUCAUGUUGUUUGUGUUUGUGUUGAGUUUCGCCGUCGUCGGAGGCUUCGGAGUGCUAUUCAAGACGGCCGUGAUGAUUACUUCGAGGAAUCUAGUACCAUGGUAAAACAUUUUGAAUCUGCAAAUACGUUGUUUUCAUUCAUGUGGUGGAUACUUGGAUUUUAUUGGAUAUGUGCGGGUGGCCAUGCCUUGCAGCAAGACUCCCCUACGCUUUACUGGCUUUGCAUAGCAUUCCUGGUUCUUGAUCUCUUUUUUGUCAUCUUCUGCGUGGCACUGGCGUCUGUGAUUGCUGCUGCAGUUUGUUGUUGCCUCCCAUGUAUCAUUGCUAUUUUAUAUGUUUUGACAGACCGGGGGGGAGCAUCCAAAGAAGAUAUUGAUCUCCUGAAAAAGUAUACUUUCCACAGGAGUAAUAGUGAGGAAAAACUUGAUGAAGAAACUGAAAGAACGAGUGGAGGGAUAAUGAAGGAGUGUGGAACAGACUGCCCCAUUGAACGUACAUUGACUGCAGAAGAUGCUGAAUGUUGCAUUUGCCUGUCUGCAUAUGAAGACGGGAUCGACCUCAGAGAGCUUCCAUGUGGUCACCAUUUCCACUGCUCUUGUGUGGAGAAAUGGCUUCUUAUCAACUCCACGUGCCCGCUUUGCAAGUACGAUAUAUCAAAGCGUUGCAGUCAAGCUGGAAUAGUUUAGACUUCGUAGGAGUGCAGAUUUGUUUUCGCGUUCUUCAAUUCUUUUGUAAUAGGUUGAAGUUGUAUAUGUAAUAUUUAUGUUUACAUCUGCUAUUAUGAAGUACAUAGAUUGAGCUGUGAAGCUUGUAGUAUCCAGCUCUCCGCAUUGUAUAUGUAUGUAUAUCAGUAUACGUGUUCAAGUAGUGUGAAUGAUAACAAUUCAGGGGUUUGUUUCAA